GCGAAAUGAUAAUUCAAUUCCCGUGGUUUUUAAUCGCGGGGGAUUUGGAUUGAUUACGGCCGGAAAACGGAGGGGCUUCUUUAUAAGCGCGUGCGGCCGCGGCGUGCUCACACGAGCUCGCGCUUGCAUCUCGCGCACGAGACCGAGGGGAAGAGAGAGGGAGAGGGAGAGGUGAACCACCGCCGAGGAGAAUAAGCACGAGCUGGGCGCGGAGUUGGAGGCUGCGGCGGGGAGAUUUUGCUUGAGGGAGGUGGAGGAAGGAGGAGAGAGGCCGGCGAUGGCGGCGUCCGCGAGGCCCGGGGAGAAGGCGACAAGCUUCGCCAUGGCGUGCAGCCUCCUCAGCCGCUUCGUCCGCCAGAACGGCCCCGCGGCCGCCGAGCUCGGCCUCGGGAUGAAAGGUGAGGCCGAGCCGCAGAGGGCGCCGGCGACGAUGAGCUUGCUGCCUACAGCGGAGGCCGAGGAGGCGGAGAGGAAGAAGGAGACCAUGGAGCUGUUCCCGCAGAGCGCCGGGUUCGGCGUGCAGGAUGCUGCUAGGGAACCAGAAAAGAAAGACAAAUCUCAGCAACUCACCAUUUUCUACGGAGGGAAGGUGCUGGUGUUCAACGACUUCCCCGCCGACAAGGCAAAGGACCUGAUGCAGCUGGCCAGCAAGGGCAGCCCAGUGGUUCAAAACGUUGGUUUGCCUCAGCCCUCUGCACCUGCAACUGUCACCGACAACGCGAAGGUCCACAAGGUCAUGCCUGCUCCUGUGAGCAGCUUGCCUGUUGCUCAGGCUGCUGAUGCCCAGAAGCCUGCUCGAACAAAUGCUUCUGACAUGCCUAUUGCUAGGAAGGCGUCACUUCACCGCUUCCUUGAGAAGAGAAAGGAUCGCCUCAACGCAAAGACACCAUACCAAACUUCUCCUGCCGAUGCAGCACCAGUCAAGAAGGAGCCUGAGAGCCAGCCAUGGCUUGGACUAGGGCCGAAUGCCGCGAAGUCCAACCUGAGCUAGCGCAAAACUCAGACCAAUAAGAUGGCAUGGCAACCUCACCAAACCUUCGCAUAACGUUCCGAAUAUGCUUGCCAUUAGAGUACUGAAAUCAUAAAUAUUCUCUCGUUAUGGUGUUGUUUUAGCUUUUUCUUUAGGUCAUUGUUCUACGCCCUCUUGUCACAUAGUUCUGUUGGUCUUCUGGAUGUAAAGAAAAAGUAGCCAGUCAUGACCAUUACCGAGAGUCCGAGAGAAGUUUUGGGUUGUUAACACACGGCGACUCUGAAUUGGCCAUGCUAAGUAAAAUGAUAGUGCAAAUAGACCUUUAUGUAUUUUUCUGAAACCUGGAUUGUUUGGCUCUAGCCUUGAUGUAUGAAGAACAAGUGAUUGUAAUGGAUCCAGAGUAUCAUAAGAUUAAUAUUGUUGUUUUCUGAUCA